GUACUCAUUACUACAUAUUUUUUUGUAUUCCUGAAUAUCGUCAAUACAAGCACACACAAAAUCACCCAAUAUGCUUCCCAGAUUUCGCCCUACACUCUUGGCCGCUACGCAGCGCGCCAUUUAUUUCCGGGCCCGUCCAAUGUCCACCAUCGUCCCACACACAGAGCCGCAGAGGAAAACACUGGUUCUCUUGGGCACAGGCUGGGGAUCGACCACGAUCCUGAAGAACAUCGACACGAAGAAAUUCAACGUUGUGGUGGUAUCGCCGCGCAACUACUUUCUGUUCACGCCCCUGCUCCCCAGCUGCACAGUCGGGACUACCGAGAACCGCUCGAUCAUGGAGCCCAUCAGACACAUCGUCGGCAAGCGCAAUGUGAAGUUCUACGAGGCCGAGUGCACAGACGUCGAUGUCACCAAAAAGCAGCUGGUGCUCGAGCGCACCCCGCAGGCGGUUUCAUCUGGCUCCAGUAACCUAAAGACCAAGAUUUCCUACGACUACCUGGUGGUAGGGGUUGGCGGCACAUACAACACGUUUGGUACACCGGGUGUCGAAGAGUACGCGUGCUUUUUGAAGGAGAUGACCGACGCCAGCAAGAUCAAGCGGCGGCUCAAAGAUGCCAUUGAGAAUGCCUCGUUCGACAAUAUAACCGAGUCAGACCGCAGCAGGCUCCUUCACAUGGUUGUGGUGGGCGGCGGGCCCACGGGCGUAGAGUAUGCUGGCGAACUGCAUGACUUCAUGGUUGAGGAUAUGAAACGGUGGGUGCCCGAAUUGGCCAGCAAGUUCCGGAUCACGCUAAUCGAGGCCUUGCCUAAUGUUUUGUCGUCGUUCGACAAGAGACUGAGCGAGUACACGAAAGCGAUCUUUGAGAAGAACAACAUCGAGUUGCGCACCAGCACCAUGGUCAAAGAGGUCAAGGACAAGGUGGUGGUCGUGCAGAACCCUGAUGGCACCAGCGAGGAGCUGCCGUAUGGGACGCUGGUGUGGGCAGCGGGAAUCCGCGCUAGGCAGUUUGCGCACACAUUGCGCGAAAAGCUACCAGAUGCGCAGACCAACCACCGCGGACUGGUAAUUGAUCAGUAUCUGAGAGUCAAGGGCGCCCAGGAUAUCUGGGCAUUGGGCGACUGCACGGUGACGGAGAAUGCACCGCUGGCCCAGGUCGCCUCGCAGCAAGGCAAGUGGCUGUCACGGUCGCUGAACAUGAUGGCAAGGGAUAGGUCGGUCACUGAUACGUUUUGUCAGAUGGAGGAGAGAGCACAGCCGUUCAAGUACGUGUCUAAUGGCUCGCUGGCGUAUAUUGGUGGAGAGAAGGCGAUUGCUGAGCUGCCGUUCUUCAACCAGCACAUUACGGUUGGUGGGCCAUUGACCUCAGUGAUGUGGAAGGGAUACUGCCUGUGGGAGCUGUCCUCGGUUCGCAGCAGCAUGUCGGUGGCUACUGAUUGGAUUCGGCGGGCGCUGUUUGGCAGAACCGUGAGCGUAGAUUAAAAUUGAAUAUUUCCUCUAGUUUUUGUACCCAUGCAGUCAUGAAUAUGUAUUUCCAUUUGAGCUAGCA